CUUUGUGUGUCGUUUGUUGAGUCGGGUUUCCAGGGUUUCCACGCCACCUGUGAAGGUCAACCGCGGUGGCCCACAGCUCCGCGCCUCUGCGGACUGCGGUUGGCCGUCGCCAUGACAGCGACCGCUGGGGGCCCCGGAUCUUGGAGUGAAAAUGUACUAGAAUAUUUUCUGAGAAAUAACCUGAUCACAACAGAAGAUGGCGCUGAGAUCGUCUGGUAUCAUGCAGCUAACCAUAAGGCACAACUGAAUGAGGCACUGAAAAGUACUGCUCACAUGAUAGAGGCUGAUGUCCUCCUUCCGAGUGAUGGGUCAGAAUAUAGCCAACCAAUCAUGGCCCAUCCUCCUGAAACAAAUAGUGAUAAUACUUUACAGGAAUGGCUGACUGCAGUUAUAAAAAGCAAUAAAGGCAUCAAGCUGGAUUUCAAGAGUCUGGCAGCUGUGGAACCAUCCAUGAUGCUCCUGGAAAAUGUGAAGAGGCAUCUGAAACGUCCUGUGUGGAUUAAUGCUGAUAUUCUUCCUGGUCCAAAUGGAAAUAGCAGGGUAGUAGAUGCAAAACCUUUUAUAGACACGGUGACAUCCUUCUUUCCAGAUGUGACAUUUUCUCUGGGUUGGACAACAGGAUGGCAUCCUGAGAAAGUCAAUGAAGGUUACAGUUGGACAAUGGUAAAAGAAAUGGAGUAUAUAUGUAAGGAGCUAAAUCAGCCUGUAACAUUUCCUGUCAGAGCAGCUUUAGUCAGGCAGUCUUGUUCUCAGUUACUUUGGCUGUUAAAGAAAUCAAACAGGUACAGCCUGACUAUUUGGACUGGAAAAAAUGAUAACUAUUCCAUUGAAGAUUUGCUUUGCAUUAGAGACCAUUUUGACAAAAAACAAGUUUUCUAUGAUAUCUUGGAACCACAAAACCAUGAAUUUAAACAAGCCAUUGGAGUCAAAGUUAAUCUCUAAGAAGAUUCUUCUAAAUUAUUUCAUGUUUUGGUUUCAUAACCCUCUGCUUUGGUCUGAAUUAAUUACCAUAUAAAUUGUGAUGAUGAUAUGCUCUAAUUCAUCUAAUCAAAAAACACUUAGUGCUUAUUUUAUUAGGCUUAUAUCCUUAUGAUACUGUAUGUAUUUAAAAGAUUUAGAAAGAAAAGAUUUCAGUGGGCCUGGUCUAAUAAUAAUUUAGGACAAUUAUGUUUUAAACCCCUUUAUAAAAUGUAAUUUUGAUAUAUUGAAGGUAAUUGAAAGAAUUUACAUGUCAUAACCUAUAAUCAUAUUCCAUGCAAUACAGGUAUAAAUCACAUUUUGGUUGUCCUUGCAUUACAGAGAUUCUACUAAUUUAUGGUACCUUCUUUCUUUUUUCCUGAAAAACUGAUUAUUUCCAAGACUAAGGAAGAGUAAGAGGGCUUUAAAAAUGUUCUAAUUUUCACAGAGGUGAGCAGCUUUGUCGUAACAGAAUAAAAUCCAUUUACUGAAAACAAUAUAGAUUAAAUUAGAUGGAUCUAGAAUUUCCAUAUUGUUGAGAGCAUGCUGACAACUAUAUAUGUUUUUUUAUAUUCUUUGUUUCAAUUGUAGUAUUUUAUCUGUAGUAAGUACAAUACUACUGAAGAGCAGAAUUUUAAUCCUAGUAACAUAACAUUUGAUUUUCAAGUUUAUCACCAGGACCACCUUAGUUCAGGCCCUUGUUUUACUGCGAGAAUUUUAAAAAGUUCUUCAUGACUUCAUUGUUCACAUUCUACUCAGAAAUAUGCUGAGUAUUUCUGCUGAAGAAAACUUUUGUAAGCACCUCUUGCCAGAUCAGAAAGCUCCAAGGGUCUCUUAAAUGUCACUUUAUUAAGUUUAACUCUUUCAAGAUCUUUCAUAAUGUAGUCCACUCUAAACAUUACUUCAGUGACCUUCAGCAUGGUCAUCAUUUCAAAAAUGCCUGCAAUAACAAUGUCCUCCAGAUCUUACUUUAACAGUUAAUUUUAACUAUUUGAUAUUAUUCACUAAUUAUGUCAUACAUGUUAGUUUUAUCUGCUCAGCUAGGUUAUAUAAAGUCCUUCAGGGUAAGUGAACGUUCUUAACUGUCCUUUAUGGUGUGUGCCAUAAUAUUAAGCAAGGUACUCAGAAAAACACGUUACUUCUUUCAUUAUUGAAAAGAAACUUACCAAUGAAUGUCCUAAGAUACAUAAUUUGUCUUUGUUUAUCAACUUUUUCUCCCAGAGAAUAGUAGUGUAUAGAGAAAAGAGCUUGGGUUUUGAAUUCAGAUAAACCUCCCUUUCAACCCCACUUCUUAACCUUCCUAGCUAUAGAUUUUGGGAAAUAUUUAACCCCACUGAGUCUUGGCUUCCUUACCUAAAAAAUGGAGGGAAAAUGAGGAUUCUUUUGAAGAGUUGUUACGAAGAUUGAGAUUCACGGAAUAGAGGCAUCUAGCUCAAUGCUUAAUACACAGAAGGUACUCAACAAAGUCAGUUCCCUUCUUCUAGACCUGUCAUGUGAUCAUGUCCAUUGUAGAUAGAGAAGUAAGGGGUGUAACAUGAAACACUAUAGACAUAUAUUUAAAGAAGACAAUUAUAUUUCCACUUAAAAUUUUAGCUCCACUAAAUGCAGUGCUAUUUAUCAAAUAACACCUAAAACUUCACUUUCUAUGGUUGUUUGCCAAAAGGAAAAAUGCAAUUUUAUAAUUAUAAAAUUUUAACAAUAGCAACAAAGAAUAACUCUUAAAAUUAUAGUAAAAAUUAAUGUUUACUUUAUGAAUUUUCUAAAAUUACCACUCUUUAUAUUAUAGAGUUGAAUUUAUGAAUAAACUGCCUUUUAAUGAAGUUUUAAAUAAAACUAAUUUGUCCAGAAGAUUACUUUUGCUACCUGAUUGUCUGGCCCUUGAUAAUACACACACACAUAUAUAUUUGUGUGUAUGUAUGUAUGUAUAUACACACACACACACACACACACACACACAUAUAUUUUAGAGGGAGGUAGAGGUGCAGAAGGAGAGGAAGAGAGAGAGACUUCUUUUUUUUAAGAUUUUAUUUAUUUAUUUGACAGAGAUCACAAGUAGGAAGAGAAGCAGGCAGAGAGGAGGAAGCAGGCUCCCUGCUGAGCAUAGUGCCUGAUGCGGGGCUCGAUAUCAAGACCCUGGGAUCAUAACCUGAGCUCAAGGCAGAGGCUUUAACCCACUGAGCCACCCAGGUACCCCAAGAGAGAGACUUUUAAGCAGGCUGUAUGCCUAGUGUGGAGCCAGACACAGGGCUCAAUCUCAUGACCGUGAAAUCACAAACUGAGAUGAAAUCAAGAGUCAAAUGCUUAGCCAACUGAGUCAUCCAGGGAACACAUGACCCUUGAUAAUAUUUUUUAAAAUACUAAUCUUUAGGAAAAAUGCUUUUAUAUUAAGAAAUUUAUCAGCUGAUUAUUACUUAGGUUAAGAUUUAAAGGUGUAUUUUAAAUCAUUCUUGGGUUGGGGCGCCUAGGUGGCUCAGUGGGUUAAGGCCUCUGCCUUUGGCUCGGGUCAUGAUUCCAGGAUCCUGGGAUCGAGCCCCACAUCGGGCUCUCUGCUCUGUGGGGAGCCUGCUUCCCCCUCCCCUCUCUGUCUGCCUCUCUGCCUACUUGUGAUCUCUGUCUGUCAAAUGAAUAAAUAAAAACUUAAAAAAAAGUCAUUCUUGGGAACAAAAAUAUAUAAGGGAAUUGUAAAAUGUAUUCUAAUGAAAAAUAAAUUUUUAAUGGAUAA